AUGAAAGGCUUGAAACCCAUCGUCUUGGUUAACUCCCUCAAAACCGUCGAAAAGGCGGUGAUCCUCUGGCACAGUAACCGGAGCGGCCUUCGCCUCGUCCUCGUCGGAUUGUUUCUGCUCAACCUGGCGCUGACGGCGGCGAUGGUGAAGCUGGCCAGACAGCCCGUCAACCUGGAUUCUGUGCGGCCCUUCUUCGAAAUAGCCGUCAACUCGACCACCACGGGGGUGGGAGCCGGGGCGGACGCCUCGCUCUCCUGGCAACCCAGAUCCUUUGCACACGUAGGCCUAGGGGAAUUCUUCACCGUGUUAUCAAUGAGUGCGGCCAUCAUUUCCUUCUCCUACACACGUAACCGUAAUCUUCCAGAUAACGGGUCACGGAGGAAAUUCAAGAGACUGUGCAGUCUCUUAUUUGCCGGUAUUGGCAUGUUCUUCUACAUAUCAGCAGUUGUGGACUAUCUUGACCUGGACGAUCGCAAGUCCCGCUAUUUCCAAGAACUCUUCGAAUUCUUAUACAUGCUCACCAUUGUUGUUGCUUCAAAAGAAUACACAUCUGGGUUGCUCUCUGCAGCCAACAAGGCAUGUUUGCUCGCCGGGGGAAAGUUCUUGGAGAUAAUUGUGUUGGGUACAAUGACUUUGGUCGUCCAGGACAGUCUGGAUGAUAUCUACGUGGAUGGAAUGCAUUUAUUAUAUCGAAAGGAGCAAGAGGAGACAUCUGACUUAAGGAAGGGCACGGUCGCUAAAAUCUUCUUGAUCUCCAUCGCCCCAGCCUUGCUCACUCUCGUGCUGCAGGUAUUCCAAUGCUCGGUGAUCUUGGCGUUUUACGGUGAUGGCAGACUCCCAGAGGAACAGCAGGGCGAUGGCAACGAUUCCUCGGACGAUGGCGGGAGUGACGGCAGCUCGAGUGAUGGAGGCAAAAAGACCAACUAA